GAUACGAAAUCCUAAUUUUAGAAAAACUUAUAUUUCGAAAGAUAUUUAGAUAUGUUAUAUAUUUCUUUUUAACUACUAGAUAUACCGUUGAAUCUUGGUGUGAAUAACGGGAUACCAUGGCAUUGAAUACUAAAUUGAUGGUUCCUCUUGCUUUGGGCUUUUCUCUGGUGACUGUAACAGCGUUUGUUGUAUAUUAUGUAUUCAAAGAAGAUAAGAACGAGAAGGAGAAAAAUGUGAAAACCACAAAAUUCCAUAUGAUUGAAGUCGAGGUACCCAAAAGUAUUGUGCCAGCUCUUAUAGGGCGCAAUGGCUCCAACAUAAAGCAAAUCGAGCAGAAGUCCGGCGCCAUGAUACAUUUCAAGAAGUUUAGCGACAAAGAGUAUGAUGUGUGUGUAAUACGAGGCAAGAGUAGUACCGCCCAAGUAGCUGAGACCCUAGUACAUGACUUCAUAAGUCAGCAGCCUGCGAUACUGGAAGAUAGCUUCUCUGUACCAGUGUGGGCUGUGGGAAGGAUUAUUGGCACCGGUGGCGAGAACAUAAACAACAUAAGUCACACGAGCGGCGCGCGCGUGCGGGUGGAGGGGCAGCGCGGCGCGGCGGGGGAAGGGGCACUGCGGCUCGUCACCGUGCGCGGUACUGCCGAGCAGAUCGCGCGAGCCAGGGGGAUGGUUGACACCUGCGUGGAGCAGGAGAAAUGCCGUCGCGAGAUCGAGGCGGCGAAGCGGAGCCCGCGCGGGCCGCAGCCUUCGCCGCCGCCCGACACGGACACACAGACAGGUUCGCGCACGCAUGUCAACCGCGAGUCGGCGGGGUCGUCGAUCGAGGUGUACGUGUCGGCGGUGUCGUCGCCGUCGCGGUUCUGGGUGCAGCUGGCGGGCGCGCAGGUCGCCCAGCUCGAUGACCUGGUCGACCACAUGACGCAGUACUACGGCAGCAGGGAGAGAAGGGAGGCGCAUAAGCUGUCCCACGUGAGCGUCGGUCAAGUGGUAGCGGCGGUGUUCCGACACGACGGGCGGUGGUACCGCGCCCGCGUGCACGACAUACGUCCCAACGAGUUCGACGCCACGCAGCAGGUGGCAGACGUGUUCUUCGUGGACUACGGCGACAGCGAGUACGUGGCGACACACGAGCUGUGCGAGCUGCGUGCUGACCUGCUGAGACUGAGAUUCCAGGCGAUGGAGUGUUUCCUGGCGGGCGUGAAGCCGGUGGGCGCGGAGACCAGCCCCGCGCAGCCCUGGCCCAAGUGGCACCCGCAGGCCAUCGAGCGGUUUGAGGAGCUCACACAGGUGGCACGAUGGAAGGCGUUAGUGUCGAAGACUCGCUCGUACCGGCGCGCCGCGACCGCGCCCGGCGGCGGCGAGCACGAGAUCCCCGGCAUCGAGCUGUACGACGUCACCGACGCGGGCACGGUGGACAUCGGCGCGACGUUAGUGGCGGAGGGCUGGGCGGAGGAGAGCGCGGAGCGUCCGCCCCCGCACACCCCGCACUCGUACGGUGACCUUGAGCAUAGCAGAGUGCUGGGUAUGCUGGAGCCCCGAGCGUCGUCGUUGCCCAAAGACCACAAAGACAGCCCCGGGACGCCGAUCACGCCCGACAUCAGCAUGAAUCCAGCUCUAGUCUCCAAAUCGAUGGCAUCAGGACUGGACAACGCGGUCGGCCAACUCGUCAAAUCCGUCGUCAAUUUCGACAUCAACUUACCCGACAAGUCUAAACUUAAACUGAACCUUAACGGUUCCAGUGAUCUGAUAGCGGCCGAAAAAGAACUACCGAAGACCCCAGUAAAUGAGCUAAAAGCUAACAUGAAUAGGAUAGACUCACAUCAUAGCUUAGAGGGCUUGGCGAGAGCACAUGAUCAUAAGUAAUAUAUAAAUUAGUUAGAUGAGCAACCACUUUGUUAAUGUCUACUGUUUUUUUGUAAGUAUUGAUUAUCUCUUUAUCUUACCUUAAAUUAAAAAACUUAUAAGGAAUAGGUUAUCUAUACAAUGUUUUUGGUUUUUUUGUCUUUCAAGCGACUUUUCCAAAAACAAAGACAUAACUUUGUAUAGCAUAAUUAUAUGAAUUGUAAUAGUUUUAUUUGACUAACCUCGAUAAUUUUCAUAAAAAUCAUCGCCUAUAAUAAAUAUGGAUAAAGAGACGUGUCGGAUUCUCGAGACAUCAAUAAAGUGGUUGUAAUGUAUAAUGUUUGAAGGAAAUUAUUUUAAUCCUUUAUCAUUGCUGUUGUAAAAUAAUAAGUUACGAAAGUCAUACUUUCUAAAUUUUAAAUGGUGUCGAGAUAUGUUUUACUUAGAUAACCCAGACACGCUUGAUAUGCUAUAUCUCUAUGACAAAAAAGAAGCUCAUUUUUAAACCAACUUCCAAAAGGAGGAGGUUUCUCAAUUCAACCGUACAGUU